AUGGGGUCUCUGGGAAGAAGGGGAGCGGGGGAAAUGUUGGGGGAGGGAGGCGGGGGAAGUUGGGAGAGGAGGAGGGGAAUGUCGGUAGCAGAGCCGAUUCAAUCUCUCCACUAUGAUAUCCUGCCCACAUUUGCGGUGGAGGUGCGGGAUGAGGUGGCAGCAGCAGAGGAGAGGGAACAGACAGCCAAAGCCAAGCUGUCACAUCUGGAUGCCAUGCUCAAGCGAGCGCUGCUUGUGGAGUAUCUGCACACACGCCAGCGGUGGGCGCCCAUGGGGGGCGAGGGCCCUUUGCCAGUGGACGACCCCGAGGCAGAGGAUGAGUGGCUGCCACGCUUCGUUACGCUCUCUGCCAACGAGGUCUCCUGCUACCGCCAGGCCUCAGACCUGGACCCCGAGGUGAGCAUUCCCCUUGACAGCGUGGCGGCAGCAGGGACACUGGAGGCGGGGGGGGAGGCGGGGGAGGAGGCGGAGGACUGGCUGGUGUUCCACCUCACCACGGGGUACGGGCUGCGCCUCGAGUGCGCCACUCGCAGCCGUGUCAAGCUGCAGCUGUGGCUUGCAACCAUUCAUGAGGCGGUGGAGAAUGUUGCGAUGAGGAAGCAAAGAGGAAGGCCGAGAUCCGCAGCUAGUGGAGGUCGCUGA